AUGGGGCCUUCUCAGCUUGUCCGUACUUCUCGGCCCCGGGGCUUAAGUUCCCCCCACCACAGGCCAGGUAUAGGCUGGCCUCGGCCCAGGUUUCCCAGGAUGUUCAAGUGCAGCCACAGAAGGUACCGGCAGAAAGCCCAAGGCCCGGCUGCCAUUACUGCAGCCACCAAUCUUGACACCAUGGCCAGGGAUAUCAACAACACCCACACUGUCAGCACCAGUGUGUGGAUCCUUCCACCACAAGGUUAGCCAAGGGCCCUGAGUUUUGGGGGUU